GUUUUAGAAGAAUGAGGCUUAGGGUGGUAGCCUUGUCUUCUGCCUGCUGCUGUUGCCUGCCCACUCCAAGCAGCAAGGAGCUUGCUCGGUCGGUGCAGACUGUGCCACAGGCUAAAGAGAAGGAGAUUGGCUUUACUGAGAAGAAUUACAGGCUGUUAGGUUUGCCUGCGUUACUUGCUAGCUGGAACUAAGUUGCCUGCUCAUGUAAUGCACUCACUCACUCAGGAAAUCAGAAGCUUCUCUAGGAAAAAUCUUAAGAAGCAAUGCACAAGGGUAACAACUUUAACGGGGAAGAGAAUUAUAGAGACAUGGAAAGAUGCCCGAAUGCAGGUGGUGGAAGAAGCAGAGCCAAGUGAUGGGUUCGGUUGUGGUUACAUACAAGACCUUAGCUUGGACCUGCAGGUUGGCGUUAUUAAGCCCUGGUUGCUGCUAGGAUCACAAGAUGUUGCUCAGGAUCUGGAGACAAUGAAAAAAUAUGGGAUUACUCAUGUCCUAAAUGUGGCAUAUGGAGUUGAAAAUGCCUUCCCCAAUGACUUUAUAUACAAGAAUAUUUCUAUAUUGGAUCUCCCUGAAACUGACAUCACAUCGUAUUUCCCGGAAUGUUUUGAAUUUAUUGAGCAAGCUAAUAUGCUGGAUGGAGUGGUGCUGGUUCACUGUAAUGCAGGAGUUUCUCGUGCUGCCGCAAUCAUCAUUGGUUUUUUAAUUAAUUCAGAAGGACUCAAUUUUGCUAGGGCAUUUUCUUGGGUGAAAAAUGCAAGACCUGCUAUCUGUCCAAAUCCUGGCUUUAUGGAGCAGCUUCACAAGUAUCAAGAGUGCAGUAAAAAGGCAAAUGGAAGCAUAGAUGAUCACAAAUGAUAAAAUAAGAGAGAUGCAUGCAACUAUCUGUGUGGUUAUUCUGUAACAAAUGUGCUGGCAUAGCAUACCUUAAACGGUCAUUUCUGAAUUUAAAUAUCUGUGUAUGAGGGGAGAUUAAAUUCCUUUCCCCUACAGUUCAUUCUUCAGCUUUUUAGUCUAAAUAGACUGUUACACUAGUUGGUCCAGACAUUCAGUUGCUAAGAGACCGGCUUUUUCCGUGAUAGUCUUCCACUGACUUCGGAGAUGAUUUGGCCCAAGGACACAUUUUUCCCAGAGUGGUGAGAAAAAGAUCAAACAAGUGCUGGUUUGUUUGAAACAUCAGGUGGAACAGAAUGGUAGGUUUUCAUUGAACUGACUGUGGAGGUAGCAAUAGAAAAAGAAAAUAAAUUGCAGGCUCAGAUAAUAAAGUGACCCCAUCUACUUUAAUACCAAGUCCAAUCUUUAUCCAGUCUAGUGGGUUAUAAAAUCUAGAUAAUAAAGUGUUCUUAUAACAAACUGCCUCUGUUUUUUU